ACACCUUCAAAUGUUGUCUCAGGAAGGUGCGCAUGGCCGUGGGUUUCAACGUAGACAUGCGCAUUGGUAUCCACACUGGGAACGUACUGUGUGGAGUGCUGGGUCUCCAUAAGUGGCAGUAUGAUGUCUGGUCUGACGACGUAACAUUAGCCAAUCAUAUGGAAUCUGGCGGUCUUCCUGGGAGGGUGCACAUCACCAGGGCGACUCUCAACCAGCUGGAUGACAAGUUCCAGGUGGAGCCAGGCCAGGGCUACCUGAGGGACCAGUACUUGGCAGAUCACAAGGUCGACACCUUCCUGGUCGUCGCAAGCAAGGAAGACGAGGGUGACGGAGGUGCUGUUGGUGUGGGUGAAGAUCGCCCUCGUCUCAAGACCGCCACAAAGAUGACCAAAUAUGUGGAGUGUUGGGGCGCUGACAAGCCCUUCGCCUCCCUGGCAGAGACAACACUAGCCAAGAACAUCCGUCUUACAAGCGUAGCGCUGAUAGAGUCAAGUCUCCUGCCCCCCGGCUCUGUCCUCUGCGACUGUAGGAGGUGGCAGAGUGGGUGGUGGGGGUGGAGACGGGAGGUGGAGUACAGAGGCCGCCCACACGAACACCACCAUCACGCCCUAGCCUGUGCUUCCGCCCACGCCCUUCUCCUAGCCGCCCUGGUAGCUGCCGCCCUUUCCACCAGGUCGUGGUGGUUGUGCGUGGGCGUGGGGCUGACCGUGGUAGUGGCAGUGGUGGUGGGCGUGGCUGGGUGGGCGUGGUGGUGUGGGCGUGAAGUGGUGACCAGACGGUGGGCGGUGCGGGUGAUGACCUCUGCUGGUAUGGUACUGCUCUGUGUUCUUCUGCCUAUGACCUGGCUGGUGGUGCCUGACGAGCCACAGCCGGUGCUGGAGACAGGUGGUCCUGCCACGCCCCUACCUACCACACUGGAACACGACGCAAACAUGACUCUGCCUAUCCUGAUACUACCUUCACGGUCACCAUCCAAGGAUGCUGAGCUGCUGGCGUGGGCAUGCCUGGUGUCCAUCGGGGUUGUGUCAGUGUUCCCCCGUGUGGGUGCUUGCACCAAGAUAAUGGUCAUGGUUAGUGUGACAGGAGCUCACAUCUGCGCCAUCCUGCUCCAUCAUCACCACCACAACAUUCUCUUGGAGUUCUUCUCCCAUCACUACCACAGUCUGCCUGGAGUGUCUUGGUGGAUGGUGGUGGGUGUGCAGGUGGUGGCUCUGGUGGGGGUGUUGGGCAUUCUGGGUAAGCAGAGCGAGGCACGUGCACGUACCCACUACACCUGGGCCUCGAGGGUUGCUGUUGAGCAGAAGGAGGUGGAGACCACACGGGGCAUCAACAAGAUCCUGCUGGAGAACAUCCUGCCAUCUUAUGUAGCUCACCGCUUCCUGGUCUCCAACACCCCGCAGGAGCUGUACCACGAGCGAUACACCAGUGUGGGCGUCAUGUUCGCCUCUAUCCCCAACUACAAGGAGUUCUACGAUGAGACGGACGUCAACAAACAGGGCCUAGAGUGUCUCCGACUGCUGAAUGAAAUUAUCUGCGACUACGAUAAGCUGCUGCACAAGAUGAAGUACAGCUUGGUGGAGAAGAUUAAAACAAUUGGUAGCACCUACAUGGUCGCAUCAGGCUUACACCCAGGCAAGGAACAGGCUCGGGACAGGACGGAACACUGCCUGGUGUUGCUGGUCGAAUUCGCUCUCUCUAUGGCUGCUGUCCUAGACGCUAUCAACAAGGAAAGCUUUCAAAGCUUUAAGCUCAGAGUUGGUAACCGAAGAGACGGCGGCCAUCUUGCAGGGAGCAGGGUGGGCAUGCGAAUGUCGAGGCCCUACGUUAAUUAAGGGCAAGGGGACCCUCACCACCUACUUCGUCUCUACCCCUUAUGAUCCCCCAGUCUCAGAACUCCGCCCUACUGCUUCCUCCCAUGCCCUUGGCUCCGAAGGAGCAGCGCUCCCCGCCCGCGUCCCCUUUGGUCUCCGCCGGGAGAACAGUGCUAAUCUCAAGGUUCCUUCAGAUCAACCUAAAAUCCCCAUUAUUCUUCCAGCUGGUGCUCGCCUCUCGCAGGAUCUCACAAAUGCUUCCACAGUGACUUCAAACGCGUGUUCUCAGGCUUCCAGUGACGGGUUAGCUGCCAAGAAUAACAAUUCCAUCAAGAAGGUUCUGGUUACCGUCAAAGAUGGGGUGUCAUCGAGCAGAGUCAUCACUGAGAUAGGGAAUGGCGAUUACCUAGCCAGAACAAGUACAAAUAAUGCGGCAGCUCAGGCCAGAUCACAACCGCAAUUCCACUCGAAGAAUGAAACACAGGUUCGCUCAGUAUGUAGUCAACCAACAGGAUGUGAGACUGACCACUCACACACCAGCAACCUUCCAAGCCCACGGCAACAUAUGAAUCACAGCAGCCCAGAUUAUGAUGAGAGACAAGGGGUCACAUCUAAUCCAGAAACCCGUAAUUCUCUACCCAAGGAGAGCUCCUUGUCCCAGAGCCAGAGGAUGGCGUCAACAAGUGGAGUAAUCAAACCCACACUGGAUUACACCACCACUAAGGCUCAACAUCAGAACAAACUUACCCUUCGGGCGAUUAGCUUUGAAAGUUCUCAGUUUAUUGCUGCCCAGGCUGCGAGAAGAGGAGAAACAGUAUGUUUAGGAACACAGGGAAACGUAACUUAUGAAAAUUCAACCACCCAGCGUCAAAGUGAGAGCAGUGUUCCUGAAAGUAAUUCUCACCAGGAACAAAAAAGUGAGGACAAAAAUCCUUCUAAACUAAAAUGUGAAUAUUUUACUCGUAAAUCUGAAGAUAAACACGAAAAAUGUGGUAAGAAAGAAGAAAACACAGUAGGAGAUUCAUAUAUAAUCGUGGAUACAAGAGAUUUCAGCGAAUCACCUCUUGGUUUAGAAAAAGUAAGAAAUAUUAAAGAAAAUGAGUCUUCGAAACACACCAAAGAAAACGUUAAUGAAAAUGUUACGAAUGAGGGCCUAUUGCAAAAGUGUAAGAUUUAUGAAAAUCCGAUAGACGGUUUGAAAAAACACAAAUUAGUAAGCAGGGUGGCGAAAGAGGAUGCAGCAACGUCCCAGAAUGGACACUUUGAGAAGAAAACUCAGGAAGCACGUGACGAUAGAGGAAACUACGCUAUUCGUCCGCACAACCUCUCACUGAGAGAGAAAACAUCCAUACUCCCUAAAAUUAGACGAGGCAAGUCAGCAGAUAUCAGCACAUCGGAAAAAAUCUGCAAGACUGAAAAUCCGCUGAGCAAGUCGAUGGUGAAUUAUGUGACUGACAGAGAGAGUGAGAGUUCGAUGACUGAGGGAUCAGAGAGAGAGACAAGUAACAGUGACUCCAGAGGCAAAAUUUGCUCGGUGACAAAACCUGUCACUUUCACCAGGAGUGGUCUGGCAAGGAAGAAGAGCCAAGUGUUUGUGUAAUUUGAAAAACAAGGAACAAUAAACACUAACUGAAUUGCGUAUGUUAAAAAAAACGGUUUGUUAGGUUUGACGUGUAAAAUCCAUUGAGUACACCAGGGUCAUUAAGGCUGGUUUUUACUUAUACCUCCAAUCGAAUAUAUUUUAAUCCCUAAAAUAUGAUAUCGAGUAAAUUCUCAAUAUAUAAACACAAAUGUAUACAUAUCUCCUUGUAUAUGCAAUGAUAAAUAUACACUAGUUAGUGUAUAUAUGCUGAUACUCAUUUCCGAUGUAUGUACACUGAAAGAUAUUCAGCUUUUGUUGUAUAUAAACUAAGUGAAAUACACUACAAAUGCAUAUAAACAUAUGGCACACACACACACACACACACACACACACACACACACACACACACACACACACACACUCUCUUAUAAUAUUUCUUACUGUUUAAAAUUUAUUACAAAUAUUUAUGUAUAAAUAAUUUUGACAAUGAAAAAAAAAUAUAAAAAUACAUUAAUCUAAUUUUUUAAAAAUUACACUGAAUAUUUGUGGAAAAAAUAUUUAUACAGGAUUUUUUUUUUGUAUAUAAUAUGCUAGUGAAUACUUUCUAAAAGGUGGUCGAAGUUAUGCCAGGUGUUAAGGAAAAAACAGGUGUAAGUUGUAAACACAGAUGUUAGCACACAUGUGUCAGGUAUAAAAUCACAGGUGUUAGUAAGCACAUAGGUGUCAGGUAUAAAAACAGGUGUUAGUGAACACGUGUCGGUUGUAAACACGGAUGUCAGUGAACACAGGUGCGAGGUGUAAGCACAGUUGUUAAUGAACACACUGGUGUCAGAAAACACACCUGUCAUUAAAAAAACGGAAGGAUUACACUUCGAAUUGUGGAAAUAUAUGGAGAGAUAGAAUAAUCAAAACUCGGAUAAAAAAAGAAUUUAGUAAGGCUGAAACCAAACUGAAAUAUACAAAUGUGAAGCACUAAACCCGUGUGGGUCAUUCAGCACAAGACAGAGGCACAUCUGAGUGAACGAAUGAACGUUCUGAUCAACCUGAAGUCCUUAAGAAACACAUUUCGAGCAUAAGCUAAUAAAACUACUGAACAAGGAUUCUGAACACACUAAACUGUUCACCAAUAAUGAUAUAACUUUGUCAUUAAUAUACUAAAAAUGAGUGUUGAACAAAGUUCAAAAGGGAAACGUGAACGAGUUGUGAACAUACGAAUCACCAGAACGAUAUAUAUUUAUUAAUUCUGGUGUUUUGUUAGCCAGGAAAUAUGACAAGUUUUCCUGACACUGGUCUUGAUGGUAGUUUUCAACGUCAGGAAACAGGACAAGUGUCUCCUGACACUGGUCUUGGUGGUAGUACUCAAUGUCAGGAAACAGGACAAGUGUCUCCUGACAAUGGUCUUGAUGGUAGUUCUCAACGUCAGGAAACAGGACAAGUGUUAUCUGACACUGGUCUUGGUGGUAGUUCUCAACGUCAGGAAACAGGACAAGUGUCUCCUGACACUGGUCUUGGUGGUAGUUCUCAACGUCAGGAAACAGGACAAGUGUCUCCUGACACUGGUCUUGGUGGUAGUGUUGUGUCAAUCAUCACAGUGUUCUCACACAACUAAAACAAUGACUCAGAAUCAUAACAUUUAGGUUCACGUUCCUUCGUGAUAUUACAUAAUAUAAAUACGACACUGCCCAGUAAUUAUCGCUAGUUAUCAUAUACGUAUUAGUGAUUAAAAAUAAC